UACGUCAAAUUGACACUUUCUAUAUUUCCAAUUGCGAUUCUUGUUUACGCAAUUAUAAACUGUUUACAUCCUUGUACUGUUAUAUAUUCGUUGAUUUGUAUAUAGUAUUUCGUUCUGGUGCGUUGAAUUUCUUUGUUAAAUUGUUAAAAUCCCAUCAUCAGUCUCGCGAUGGAACAAAAUCCGCCAAUUGAAAAUCGCAUUUAUCUCAACCCAAACUUUGGGAAAACGCACAUAAAUCCGAACUUCCUCAGAUCAAAACCUCCUGAAAGCAUUCAUGUCAAUCCUAACUUUCUGUCGAAGCUGAAGCCACCGCAGCCAAAUCAGGUUCCAGUUCCGCAACAAGGUAAAAUCAUAUCGAAGUCAAGGACGAAGUUGAUACGCGCCCCAACUGAUAAGCCUGCCGUGAAGAUUCAGCCACCCAUGCCUGGUACCUGCGUGAACGUCGUUCCGAACGGGACUCCUAAUCCACUUAUUAAGAUUGGAAACCGUAAACUCAUACGCGCUCCUCUGAUAACUGAUGUUACCCGUAUCCAACGACCUGUUGUACUUAAAAAGCCGUUAGGAGUGACGGCAGUAUCGAGAGUAGGAAAAUACAAGGUUGACCGGAGAUCGCCAAGGACAAAAGAACGGAAACCUUUGCGUAAAGGCUUUGUGGGGAAGUACGCUCUUAGUCGAGUUGCAGAAAAGGAAUUAUUGUCGCCCAAAAGAGUCGUCAGAACUAGCAGGAGAGUUUGUAGAUUGGAGAAAACAUUGAAGGCAGGCAAGCUUCUGCUCAACAUCAACGGUACCCUGUACAAAUCCUCGAAGACUAAAUUAGAAAAAGCGGAGGAAAACCCACCGAAUUCGGGGCAUACGACGAAACCCUCUUCCACUCAACACAAACUAGGCGAACGGGUGGUUUUUGUUCGCGGUGAUAAAUUUAUUCUUGACAAAGGCGGACGCAAGCUAACUAGGGCCAAAAGCGACGGCGCUGAACAUUUUGCGCUCAAACGCAUCGACAUUGGAGGCUUGACUUAUGUAGCGGAUUCGCAGGAUACUUUCGUGCGGACGAACAAUCAUAAAACUCGAAAUUAUCUUAGCACCACGAAGCAGAAGAGCAUAAGCUACUUAUCGAAGAGAAUGACGAAAUCGAACAUGCCAUGUCCGAUCUUCAGAAAAGUGGGAAAAUGUGCGGCUCACGAGAGCGGCAGAUGUCCGAAGGUUCACGACAAAAAGCAGGUUGUAAUCUGCCCCAAAUUCCUGAAAGGAGAAUGCAUGGCGGACAAAUGCCUGCUAUCGCACGAUGUGAGUCUAUCCAAGAUGCCUACGUGCAAGUUUUUCCUGCUAGGAUGCUGCACUCGGCCGGAGUGUCCUUACUUGCACAAAAAAUUGAACGAAAGAACUGAAAUUUGCCUGGAUUUCGUAAGAGGAUUUUGCAAAUUAGCUGAAAAGUGUGACAAGCGGCACGAGUUCAUCUGUCCAACAUUCGCUAGUACAGGAGAGUGUGGAAAAACUCGGUGUCCUUAUUCCCAUAAGAAACUUGACACCGGUAAAUUCUCAGAGAAGUCUUGUUCAAGGAGUUCAAGGGAACCUCGAUUGGAGAUUAGAGAAAAGGUGUUGCCUCCAAGCCCGCCCACAGAAGACCGUGCACCAACCAAUCACCAAAAAUUAUCGGAAGGAAAGAAUGCUUCACGAUAUUUCGAAGAUCGGAAGAAGAGAAGACGAGUUGUACCUCCCGGCGUUUCAAAUGAUGAAGAUUCGCCUUCGAAGCAACCUGAAAACACACUAAUCGCACAGAAAAGACACAAACUGGGUGAUUUGCCUGCCUUCAUACCCUUAUGACAAACACUUUCACCACUCGUUUGUGCGGCUAAGUUAGCUAAAAUAGUCAAUUUUCUUGUAAAGUUUUAACACACAAAUGUAGACAAAUAAAUAUCUUCAGGCGAAA